AUGUGGUUCCUGACACUCGUUUUGCUUCUGACGACGUCAUUGCUCUGCUAUGCCGGCUACAUCUUCCUAGUGGUGGACAAGCGGCAAGAGAAGCAGGAGCGGCCUCCACCGCGCAGCACACCCGGCGCCCAGAACGCCUCGCUCAGCACCUGCACGCGACCCACUCUCUGCUGCGCGCUCGCUGCGCCUUGCCGCCUGCUGGCAGCAUCAGGAGCAGUGCUCGAGAAUCCGGAGGUUUACGAGGCGCUCGAUGACAAGCAGUACAACUUCGAGCUCCCCAUUGAGAUCGACGACUAUGACGAGCUGCGCGAGUCCAAGCCGCCAGACAAGCGCACGCUGCCGCUCGCGCUGCUCAAGCGCGCGAUGGCGGACAUACCGCUGAUAGAGCAGCUUGAGCGCGACCACCCGCGCAUGGUGCGCCUCUUCAACCGCGGCUUGCUUCCCUUUGGGAUCUGGGAGCAGCUGCUCGAGGCGGAGCGGAUGAUGGAUGAGGAGGUGCACGAGGUGCAGGCGGAGGCGGAGAAGCUGCAGAAGGGGUGGGGGCAGGGCGUGUUUGGGCAGGCCUACCAGAUGCUGCGCAAGGAGCGCGAGGAAGACGCGCGCGAGGCGCAGGAGCGCAAGGGCGCGGCGCAGCUGACGAUCGAGUUUGAGCAGGCGCGCCCUCCCCUCCCCUCACCUAGCAUACAUGGCAACGAGCGCGAAAGGGCGAGUCGAGAGGAGCGCUUGCGCUCUCUUUGGGCCUUCAUCGCGAGCGGCAACGCUGGGCAGGCAAAGGUCGAGGGCACGAUCUCGCGGGACGAGUUUGAGGGCCUGCUGGAGACGGAGGGGCUCGAGCCUGACCGCGCCGCCCUCGUCGCCUCCGAGCUGGGGGAGCAGGUCGGCCUCGACGAGGCGAGGCGCGCGCUGGCGGAGCAGGUCCCCGCCGAGCGGCACGAGGGGCGGUACCAGAUUGCAAUCUCGCUCGAGGAGGCGGAGGCGGUGCGGGCGCUGCUGCAUGGGCUGCGGAGCCGCGGCGCCCCGCUGCUCGGCGGCGGCACCGCCCUCGCCCUCCGCCACGGCGACCAGCUCUUCGAUGCGAGCGCCAACUUUGCCGCCGGGGAGGGGGGCCGGCUGGCCACGACGGCGCGGCAGUGCUUCCGCCUCUUCGACUCGGAGGUCAACUUCACGCCGGCGGAGGUGACGGCGAUCCUGCGCGCGCUGCAGACCAACCCGCCCGAGAAGCGGUCGAGCUGGUUCGAGUCGGUUCGCAUGUGCCGCCGGCGAGACACGCGCCACUGGAGCAACGCGCCCAUCUCGCGCGUGUUUUGCACCAAGAACCAGGAGCAGGUGGCGCGCGAGGAGAUGGUGCGCCACAAGAUUGUCUCCCACCUGAGGCAGCACCGCAUCCACGCCGCAACCUUCUUCGCCGAGUGGGGCGGCAACCAUGACGGCUUCCUCCUCGUCUCGGAGCUCAAGAGCGGGCUGCACGCGCUCGAGGGGCUGCGCAUGGAGCUCGACCGGUUCGACGGUGCUCGUGAACCGGAGCUCGACCAGUUCGACGUGCUCGUGGGCCGCCUCCGGCCGGACGAGAAGGAGCGGGUCGCGUACGCCGAGUGGUGCUCGAUGUUUGCCGAGGCCACCGACGAGCAGCGCGGCCUCGUGCGGCAGGACCACCUCGAGCCCCUCUCGGAAGAGGCGCCCGCCGACGGGCUGCCUCCGAGCGGCUACUUCAAGGGCGCCGCCGCCAUCCAGCGCAAGGACACGCCGCGCCGCUCCGUCGAGGCGGUGGCUGGGCGGCGGUACACCGAGCUCCCGCUCACGCGGCUGAUGAAGCUCACCGUGCGCAAGCUGCCGCUCUCGCUCGCCGGCCGCGCGCACUGCGUGUGGAGCACCAAGGGGCUCCCGUGCAAGGAGUCGCUCUCGCUGUGGUCGCCCGAGGCCAAGCGCGACUUUUGGGCGCCAAACAAGCAGCGCUUCUGCGUCGGCCACUACGGCAGCCCGUCGCUCGAGCACAAGCCGGGCGGUCUCUGCCUUCUCGAGCUCGAGGACGUGGUGCCGUGGCAGCUGAUGCGCAUGUGGCAGAUCGACGCCGCGCUGGCGUCCAACGCGCCGCACCCCGAGUGGUACCACCUCGAGUGGCACAAGGACUCGGCGGAGCGGCCCAUCUACGCGUGGAAGCCGAUGCCGCCGUCGGAGGACUUUGUCGCCCUCGGGAUGCUCUUCACGACCACCCCCGAGCAGCCGCCGCUCGUCGCGAUGCGCUGCGUGCACAAGAGCUGGGUGGUGGAGGCGACGGCGGAGCCGCAGUGCAUCUGGAAGGACCUCGGCAUGGGCGGCAAGGCGGGCUCGGUCUGGUGCGUCAGCGAUACCCUCGCAUCCCUCGGCGAGGCGGACGAGGCGGGCAGGCAGCGAGGGCUCGCGUGGGCGACCAAGGGGUACGAGCGGCCGCGCGGGCCCUUUUACCGGCUGCGCGACACCGCCUUCUCCCUCGCGGAGGUGCUCGAGAAUCCGGAGGUUUACGAGGCGCUCGAUGACAAGCAGUACAACUUCGAGCUCCCCAUUGAGAUCGACGACUAUGACGAGCUGCGCGAGUCCAAGCCGCCAGACAAGCGCACGCUGCCGCUCGCGCUGCUCAAGCGCGCGAUGGCGGACAUACCGCUGAUAGAGCAGCUUGAGCGCGACCACCCGCGCAUGGUGCGCCUCUUCAACCGCGGCUUGCUUCCCUUUGGGAUCUGGGAGCAGCUGCUCGAGGCGGAGCGGAUGAUGGAUGAGGAGGUGCACGAGGUGCAGGCGGAGGCGGAGAAGCUGCAGAAGGGGUGGGGGCAGGGCGUGUUUGGGCAGGCCUACCAGAUGCUGCGCAAGGAGCGCGAGGAAGACGCGCGCGAGGCGCAGGAGCGCAAGGGCGCGGCGCAGCUGACGAUCGAAGAUCAAAAAACGUCGGCCAUGCUCCUAGUAUGA